CUUGGGCUGUCCCAGAGACGGAACCUGGGGCUUCAGAACUAAAGGCAGCAGCGCCUUGCUUCGCGGUCGGACAGCCUCCCAGAGCACUGUCCCGGGCCGGAAGUCGCCCAGCCGCCGCUUCCUCACGCGAAGGCGUGGUGCGGGGUUGGCGGUCCGGCCGGAUGGGCGGUUGAGGAGGGAGCGGAGCAGCCGCGGGGACUUUCUUUCAGGCGGCGAGGCCGCGGAGGGCGCGGGGUGGAGCCCGCGGCGCUAUGGCUCACGUCGGCUCUCGCAAGCGCUCGAGGAGUCGCAGCCGGUCCCGGGGGCGAGGGUCGGAAAAGAAAAGAAAGAAGAGCAGUAAGGACGCCCCGAGAAGCUGCUCGGCUUCUAGAUCCCAAAGCCGCAAGGCCAGCGCCACCUCCUCUGGGGCGGAGGAGAGAAGCAAACACAAGGCCCGGAGGAGACCACGAUCCAGCUCCUCCUCCUCUUCUUCCCGUUCUUCCAGCGGCUCUUCCUCCUCAUCCUCCUCCUCUUCCUCCAGCGAUGGCCGGAAGAAGCGGGGGAAGCACAAGGACAAGAAGAGGAAGAAAAGGAAGAAAAGGAAGAAGAAGCUGAAGAAGAGAGACAAGGAUAAGGCCAAGGUGCGGCAGACCGAGGCUGUGCCCGGACCCUCGCUGGACCAGUGGCACAGAGCAGCCGAGCAGGAAGAGGGUGGCCCAGUCCUGACGGACGAGCAGAAGUCCCGCAUCCAGGCCAUGAAGCCCAUGACCAAGGAGGAGUGGGACGCCCGGCAGCGCGUCCUCCGCUCGGGGGACCCGGAGACAGGGCGCGCCGGGCUCAUUAAGGGAGACGGUGAGGUCUUAGAGGAAAUCGUAACCAAGGAACGACACAGAUCAACAAGGUGGCAAGCCACCCGAGGGGAUGGUCUGGCCUUCCAGAUGCGAGCAGGGCUGCUGCCCUGA